AUGUCUGUGGCUGACUACGCUCCGUCCUCUGAAUCACAAGACACUGAGAGCUUCUCAGAAAAUUGCCAAAAGCUUGCAUCAUAAAUUGCAAGGAAGGUUAAGAAUUAGUUUGAUAAUGAGAAGAAUGUGCAAGGUUUCUUAGUUUUUAAUAAGAAUAAUCUCUAAUACCAUUCAGCUCCACUACUCAACUAAAAGUAUCACUUGAUAUGUGUAUAUCCAAAGCAUUAUGAAGAUGACACUGCAAAGAAGGGUUUUAUGGAAUUUCACGAGAGGAUUGAGUUUAAAAUCUCACAUAAGGGCGCUAUAGAUGAGAGUAGGUUAACUCUUAGUUUGACGUAGUUGCUAAGUGAGCAGGUUGAGCAGCAAAACGAGAUUAAUAUCAAGCGAUUCGAUCCUGAUUCGACUCAGCAAUCGACUGAUAAACUGCAGUAGAUUGAGAUUGAGCUUGAGGACAUAGCAAAUAAUGUAAAGUAAAACAUCAGCGAUAUCUUUGAGAGAGGAGAAAAAUUUGGAGUGUUAGCAUCUAAGAGUGAAUAGCUCAAGUCCUCAGUAAGUUUUUAGCAUUUUAUCAUUUUUACAGUCGCAUACUUUGAAGACUAGAUCAAAAAAGUUUAAUGA